AUGUCCCAGCCACUGCUUCGCCUAGGCAUACCAUUACGAAAUGCCCGGGGGACGAUUUCGCAUACCGUCCGUCACAUGCACCAUGUGCCACAUCGAUCGCCUCGGCCUCGUACAUCGAUCAACGUUCUCCUUCGCCAACAACGCCGCAGCGCAGGCUCGUUCUCCCAGAAUGCCCGCGACUUGUACACAAAACACCCAAUCUCCGUGACCGUGGCCAUUCUGGCAAUGGGAGUGGGUGUCGGUGCCAUUGUCUACGCCAAUUAUCUGUACCAGACCUAUAUCAUCGCUUCCUUCCACAAAUAUCCUGAGCCGGUGGCCCAGAAAUUGCGGAGGGCCAUAUACUACACCAAUGUUGAUCUGCAGCCCCAAGAAGCAAUCAAGUACUAUAAACAAGCUCUAGAAAUUGCCAAUGAGAUUCCCAUGGAUCCCUUCAGCGACGAGAUCAUUGGCGUCAAGAUUCAAGUUGCCGCGCUGAUGGAAAAGAUUCAGCAAUGGCGCAAAGCUAUCGAAGUGCUGGAGAGAGUCCGCAGCGACAAUCUGGCGUGGCUGGAACAGUUUGGCGGUCUGGACCACAACAAAAUACGGCGGACGAAUGUUCUUGCGAAGACGGUUGGCAUAWCCGUAAAGCUGGGAGAGCUAUACGGCCAGCCUGCCAUUUGGGACCGUGACACGGCACAAGCGAGGCUCAUUUGGGCUGUAGAGACAGUGUUGCAGGAGCAGCAAAGGCGGCAGAACAAUGGUGUUAAGGACGAAGAGGAGGGUUCGUGGAUGAACGGCAACGAGAUUGGUGCGGCGUUGGAAGCGCUUGCACACAGCUACGAAGAGAAAGAACAGCACUACCUUGCUACGCCACUGUUCUUACAGGCUCUGAGCCUUUACCCUACCAGAGACUGCCAUACCGUCAUUCUGAUGAACAACUUGGCUUCCAGCAUCGCGCAACAAUCACCGCGCGCGGCGAGAGAGGCGCAGGCAUAUGCCGCCUCAAGAAACAUCAACGAGCAACCCACAGGCCCAGCAGCGUCGAGAGAGAGCAUGGUGGAGAGCGCAAAGGCGUGGGCCCAGAAAGCGCUGGACGUUGCCGCAGCACUGAAGCCGCCUGUCAGGACCGAAGAGUGUGACAUUGGCUGCGCAGUUGCAACGCACAACCUGGGGGAGUUUGCCGAAAUGAACAAAGAAUUCGCACAGGCCAAGGCUCGAUAUCAGGAAGCGGUGGCCCUCUCGCGUGCGAUUGGGUUCGCAGACGGUGUGGAACAGAGCUCUGCACGACUAAGGGAGCUUGCAAAGGCUGAGUAA